UUCUCUUCUUGGCCUGCUCAUGGUCGAGCACGUCGCGAAAACAUUGCCAUGUCGCCAAUCCGUUUCCAGGAAAGUCGGUUCCAGGAAACAUAUCUAUUACAUUAUUUCAAAGCUUCCAGGAAGCAAUUUAACUUAAAAAAACAACAUGAUUACAUUCUCAUAAGAAGACACCAUACUUUAUUCAACUUCUCUUAAUGAUGCUUCUUACCACAAAAGUAUAUUAUCUUCGUUAUCACAACAGCAUCCAACAAUGAUUAGCAUUUUUUCAGCGUAUUAAAGCCAUAAAGAUUAUCUCAAACAUACCAACCCACUAUUUCCUUUGCCGUAUUGCAGAAUUCUUCUUAACACAAUUUUAUUCAUCUACUGCAACCUACCAAGAUCACUUCCGUUCGUGCAGCUUCUGUCACACAUAAAAGGGCUUAUCUUAUCGUAACCAAAUUUUUGGACAUUUUUAAGUGUACUGAUUUACGAUCACUUUCCGGUGAAGGUGGUACUUAUGGCUAUCAUAAACUGAAGUGUUCUACGUAGAUUGUUUAACUCCAUCCCGGGACCAAGGCUCAGUGUGAGCAUAAGAUAUUCUGUUCAAAAGUCCUCCUGCCGACAUAGUGCAGUUAGGUUCGGUUCUGGGACGGUUGCAAAGCUUCUAGUUGUUGGACAGUUUAUUUUUUUGAUUUCGGAAGCAAGUCUGUGAAUUAUCAUGAUGAAGUUCUUCUGGAUCAUGUUCUAUGUGGUGGCUGUGUUGAAUCAGUCUAUGGGAUCGCCGGUUAAAAGAGACUCUGAAGCAGGCAUGGAAAUGGCAAGCGUGUUGGAGGAAUCAGGUGGCAACUUCGAAGGGGAUAUAGAGCUCACGAGCGAUCAAGAGAAAGCUGUCAAGUACGGCUACACGGCAAUCAUUGGAGAGUCAUACAAGUGGCCGAACAAUAUCGUACCUUACACGAUCGAUACUAACGCUUUCAGUAUCGUGCAACAGAACAGCAUUUUGUCUGCUAUCCAGCAGAUCGAGCUUGUAAGCUGUGUUCGUUUUAAGCCUCGAACAACAGAAACUGAUUACGUGAAAGUGAUGGGAGAACGAACUGGUUGUUGGGCUAGCUUAGGUCACCGUGGUGGAGCGCAAACGGUAAACCUGGAACCUUACGGCUGUAUGUCCCGUGGUACUAUCAUACACGAGUUCCUGCAUGCGCUUGGCUUCGUUCACAUGCAGAGUGCGUCCGAUCGUGACUUCUACGUCACGAUCAACUGGAGUGCGAUUCAGGCUGACAGGGCUUCAAACUUCGAUCGGUACAACUCGAACACGGUGGAAGAUUUUGGUAUUCCUUACGACUACGACAGCGUUAUGCACUAUGGACCGACGGCAUUCACCUACAACGGACAGGCUACGAUCAUCCCUAAGCAAUCGGGUGUCACAAUUGGACAACGUGUGGGUCUUAGCUAUAAGGACAUCAAACGACUUAACUAUUUCUACCCGAACUGCUACUAAGCAGACAAGUGUUUCGUACCGUUGAAACCCCUUGACUACUGUUCGGGAUUAUCGAUCAUCAUGCGUUUUACUUUCAGCUAUCAUUAAUCGUAAAGGAAGGGUAAGGUUUUCGAGAGACUAGCAUUAAACAUUAGUUACUAGACAGCAAAAAAAGCUGAAAUCGAUCAUUUAUUAUACGUCAAUAAGGAACUUCUUUCCACUGACCGCUGCGUCGGAGAUCGUUGGCUUCCCCGGUUGUGCCCUUGUAUCAACAAAGGAGUUUUCUACCGACUGUCCUUUUGUAUUUGUAUUG